AUGAGUGGUUUACCUCGAGAAGUUCUGAAAUGGCUUCAAAGCCUGGAUCUGGCGUACCCCAUAAAGAAUCCAAAGCGAGACUUUAGCAACGGAUAUCUUAUUGCCGAAAUCUUUUGCCGAUACUACCCAAAUGAUCUUUUGCUCAAUGUUCAGCAAUUUUAUACGGGGGAUUCGAAUGCUCAGAAAGUGAAGAACUGGGAACAAUUGGAAAAAUUUUUUAAGAAACACGAUAUUGGCAUUCCGAAAGAGGCCAUGCAUGCUGUAAUGACCUGCCAGGUGGAUGCGGCCACGCUCUUUGUAGAGAAUGUGUACAUGAUGUUGACUAAACGACGUAUUCAUCGACCGUCUCAUGAAGGUCUCCCGGCACCAGAAGUGGAGCUUGUGCCACAUUUCGCACUUCCAACUACUUCAAAUAUUAUCAGAUGUAUUGGCGAGUCGCCUGAAAAGGCACAAGCUAUCGUUGAGGCGCAUAAAGAGUAUACAAAGCAUGUCAGAGCUCACCGAGCCCAAGAGCCCACUCGUCCUAAACGUCGUCCACUCGCCGAACCAAAGGACGAUAAACAGGAUCCUAUCACACAAAUAUCCAUUCCAGACACACUCCGCUCCGGUUCAACCGGUAUAGAUCAAUUGCCCAUUCAGCACAUUCAAGUCCACCAAAACAUGACAUAGGGUAUAAUGCACAAUUGUAUUUACAUGGGUACAUUAAAAAUAUAAAAGGAAGAUAGUGCCUA